AUACAAUGUACAUUAGAUAAGUACCUAGAUGCCUAGAUAGGCGUGUACAUACCUAGUAGCAUCAUGAACUGUAAUUGGGCAGCAAGAUACCAGCAUAUCGAUAAAUGCUAUGUAUUCUCUAAACAGCCCCCUUUUUUUACUUCCCCCUUUUCCAUAGUUACCCCCUUUACCUGUAGCCCCAACUCAACUUUCAUAAAUCCACCACCACCAAUCACCGCCAACAUGGUAGCCUUCUCAGCCCUAGCCUUCGUCACCCUAUCUAUGUCCUUACCUACGAGCGCAAUACGCACAUUCACAUACAUCGCCUGCUUCGACCACCCCGGCGACUCCCAGCUCCACUCCCGAAGCAUAUUCCAAUCCGUCGGCGGCUGCGACAAUGCCUGCGUCGCCAUCAACAACCCUGUGAUCGUUCUUACCAAUAGCACAGACUGCUUGUGCGGCUUCGCGCUCCCCCCGCCCAGCGCGGUCGUCGAUGAUUCGUGGUGCGAUGUCCCCUGUCCGGGGUAUAUCAGGGAGUCGUGUGGUGCCCCGGGAUUCUUCUCGGUCAGGCUCUAUGCAGAACCGGAUGAGCUUGGGAUUUGCUCUACCUAGUAGACAGGUGGUUGAAAUCUCGGCGUAGCUUGUCGAGGCCACGAAAAGUGAAGUUGGCUUUUGGGAGAAGCUGCCUAUCAACUUCAUGGCAUUUGAUUGGAUUCGAUUGUACGCGCGAAUCAACCGUCGUGUGUAGAUAAACCCAUAUGUGUCAUGGGCAAGCCCUUCCUUAUUAGGCUCGCAGCGCGUGAACAGAUGAGUUGGAAGUAAGCGUAGGAGUUACGAGAAUGAAGCUACCCGUGUGGAUAGUAUCAAAAAGCCUGUGGAUUUUGGGAAAUUUAUCCAUCGAUUUACUAGCAGCAGUCAAGAUUUGCUGAUUCGAGAGGCGUGGUCAUGAAAACAGCUGGCUGAUAUCACGGAGAGAAACCCAUAUCCAAUGGUCAUAUGAUUAUCUGGUAGGCUGGGUCUAUAUCACAAUCAAGGGUAUCUCAAUAUCUGUCUUAUUUCUCAUUUAUUAUGAGAAUACGCAACUUGCAAGGUCACAAUACUACCGUAUCUCACUUUGGCCAUCACUUAUGCCCACAAUAGGAGAUCACCUCACAGUUUCUAAGAUGUCCCCGAGCAACCCACGAAGUUAUUCCCACUUGCACCAGUGUGCGUGAUUUCACCCGCCAGCUUGCAUGAUGUGUUGAUGAUAACCCGGUCCGGCCCAGGGGA